AUGGCAAAGAAACUGCAAAUGAGCGGAACUGAAGAAGAGAUGCGCGAGGUGGCCGGCAGAAUCUGCAGGAACUACCUGCACGGCGCGUGGAAAACCGUGAAGCCCACCGAGCUUGAAUUCAGACGGAUCAGCGGAGGCCUGUCCAACUUCCUCUACUACGUGGCGCUCCCAGAAGACUCCAGCAAGUUCGGCGGCUACACACAGCGCGAGAGUUCGCCCGAGGCGGAACUCGAAACGCCUGUGACCAGGUUUGCAGGAAGAACUAUGGUCAGGUCGAAUUCGUUCUCAAUCGAGGAGCCAAGGAAGGUUCUGCUGAGGAUAUACGGCCAAGUUCAUGGAGAGCGCGCAAUGGAUGCCAUAGUGACGGAAUCGGUCAUAUUCACUUUGCUCUCAGAGAGGCGGCUGGGCCCCAAGCUACACGGCGUGUUCUCUGGUGGCAGGAUCGAGGAGUACAUACCGGGAAGGUCUCUUCUCACAAAGGAGCUGUCAGAGCCGGCCUUGUCCAUGAAGAUUGCGGAGAAAAUGGCCGCCAUACAUUCAAUGGACGUGCCACUGUCGAAGGAACCCAACUGGAUGUGGAAGACCAUGGGCAAGUGGUUGAAGAUUGUCAGGGACGAGAGGUUGUCACAGAAUGCUGUGGGAAAGAACGAAGAAGAACAGGAUAUUAUAAAGCGACUGAAGACUGUUGACUUUGAGAAGGAGAUUGAGUGGCUGAAGAAGUUAAUUGCUACCGUCGACUCUCCGGUAGUCUUCUGUCACAAUGACUUGCAGGAAGGUAACAUCAUGCUCCUAGAAGACGUGGUCCAAAACACAACAGAGGAAGACGUAUCCCCAAUUUACUUGCAAUCCUACGACGGAACACCCCCCUCUAACAAGGAGAACAACCAUACGAAGGGCCGUUCCACGCCAUUGGUGGAGCCACUGUCGCAAUUUGACGACGCGAACACUUCCGACAGCAUCAUCAGCCACAUCUCCGACAGCGGGGAACCCAAGCUGGUCCUCAUCGACUUUGAGUACUGCGCCUACAAUUACAGAGGUUUCGAUAUCGCCAACCACUUCCAGGAGUGGGGUUACGACUACACCAACCCGGAGCACCCGUUUUACUACGACAACCAGGAGAACUGUCCCACGUUGGAACAGAAGGAGAUAUUCAUCAAGGAAUACCUGAAGCACUACUUCAUGAACAUGUCUGAUAGCAAGGAGCCGCAGGAACCCACGAUUGACGAUGUGAAUCAGCUGCUCAAUGAAGUUGAAGCGUUUGCACCGGCAAUUCACCUAUUUUGGAGUCUCUGGUCCAUCGUCAACGCUUCAAAGAGCCAAAUACCUUUUGGAUACUGGGAAUACGCCGUGUCAAGGAUAGAAACCUACCUUCGACUUAAACAAGAGAUCAUAAAAAAGGACAAAUACGGUUUUCCACAAAAAAGGAAAAUAUGUGAGGUCGAUAUAUGA